CGUUCAAAGUUACCUCUACCAGAUUAAUCAAGCAAUCUUGUUUUGUCACCAAAGGCGCAUAAUGCAUCGUGACUUGAAACCGCAAAACCUACUCAUCGGCAAGGAUGGUUCGAUUAAAGUGGCCGACUUUGGACUGGGUCGCGCCUUCGGCGUACCGGUUCGCGUGUACACCCACGAAGUGGUCACGUUAUGGUACCGCGCCCCGGAGAUACUGCUCGGAUCGUCGCGCUACUCCUGCCCGAUCGACGUCUGGUCGACGGGCUGCAUCUUCGCGGAGAUGGCGACGAAAUGUCCGCUGUUUCAAGGCGACUCCGAAAUCGAUCAGCUGUUCAGAAUCUUUCGCGUCCUGAUGACACCCAACGAGAAAUUGUGGCCCGGAGUUUCCGCGCUGCCCGAUUUUAAGGCGACGUUCCCGUGCUGGAGCACGUACAGUUUGGACAACCACGUGAAGUGCCUUUCGGAAAGCGGACUCGAUCUGUUGAAGCAGAUGCUCGUGUACGAUCCCCCCAAGCGGAUAUCGGCGAAGGGAAUAGUCGCGCAUCCGUACUUCGUCGAUUUGGAUCGGUCGGUCAAACCGCAAUUUCCCGAAUAAUGCUUUGACUGUGGUAUAACUAGUGUUUUGUUUUCAUAUUGUUUAUCUUUGUUAAGUGUAAAAAGGUCCAGUUUAGUUCUUUAGUAAGGAGAAUAGUUCUUCAAUUAGAAUCGUUUGCAUUGUGAAAUUGAAACAUUGUUUAAAAUUGACGGUGCAAAUGGCCAUUAGUGAAUUAAAUUAUUUUGAUUAAAUAUGAUAUGGGUAGA